AUGAAACUAUUAGUUCGGUGGAACCCCGAGAUGACAGUGAACGGGAAUACCUUGUGCAGCGUGAUACAGAGCUUCCCCGUUCUGCUGAUACUGGCUCAGAACGGGAAGAAGUGUCUGAACACGCCCUUCGUGUACAAACCGCCCAGCCCGACCCACCCCCCAGAGUACUACGAGGCCUACGACGCCCUCAUCCAGAGCUUGCUGCACGGCUGCAAACACCAGCACUACGAGCCGAGCUACGGCUACGGCAAGAAGUGGACUAGCGGCUACAGCUCCGUAGUGGGGCCGUGCUACGACAGCCCUUCGUUCACACUCGGCUACCCCCAAGGGUAUCCACACAGCUACCCGUCCUACGGUCACGAGUAUCACAGCACCCCCCAAUACGUGUACAGGAACCUGAACGUUCUUAACACCAGCUCCGAUCCAGAAUAUAAAUACGCGAACCACGUUACCAACGUGAAGAGGAAGUAUAAGGUCGUCAUUCUCAAGUCCAGGAGAGGGCAAAGGUCGCAGAAGUUGCAAGGUAAGAGCAUAUUUUUUAAU